AGUAUUUCUUUGCGGAAAUGUGUUAAAAUGUUGGAAGUGGUGCUGUGGAUGCUUGCGCGCUGUUGUAACGCUGAGAGGGGAGCUGGGAAGCUUCGGGGCCCCGGAGAUCUCCGGUUUCCCCAAACAAUAGUCGAGAGGACGCGAUGGUCGUUCCCUUUUUUUUUUUUUGAAUCCGAAGGGAAGUUUAGGACCCUCGUCGGCGCUAUUGUUGACCCCACGGAGGCCACGUAGCUCUCUGGAUCGAUUUUAAGGAGGAAGAGUUGCCUUUAUUAAUGUGAAUAGAAGCGUAAAAAAAGGAGACUGAGAGUGAUGCGCCUGGAAGCAAAGAGCGCGUCCAGUGUGACUGCAGGCCGGAGGGUUUGAAUUCUGUCCUCGGCGAAGGGCUGGUGGGAAUUUGAGUGCGUCCAUUCAUUUUACUGCGAGGGCGUCCCGUUUGGAAAAGGAAAGGGGAAAGAAAGGGAGCGGGCGUUGGGAUCAUUUGGCAUCAGGACGCCACCGGUGGGGCCUGGGAGUCUCCCAUUGUCCUGCCUUUCUCCAACACCCUCCUUUUUCAUCUUGUAGGUCGCACAACUCUUUAUACUCGCCCGGUUCUUCGCAAUCUCAGCAACCUCGGCUCUCCCCUGUUGCAACUCUCCUGCCCAUCAUCCUCUCCCACCCCUAUUCCUUCCUCAUCAUCUCCUCGUUUUAGCCUGCCCUCCCAUCCUCCCUUCUCUUGCUCCCCCCUCAUCGGCCUCCAAGAUAGAUUCCCUCAGGAGUAAGGUUGACCUACUCAAACUGCCCCUGGCUCUCUCCACCAAGUCCAUCUCCGAGCGCAAAAACCAACUGGGAGGCGUCGGCGAGCAGCGCGGCACGGCGGGAGGAGGCGGGGCUCGUAAAGCCCGCUCACCGCCGACCCGAGACAUGGACAACGAGUCGCAGUACUCGGGCUACUCAUACAAGUCCUCCCAUUCCCGAAGCUCCCGAAAGCACAGGGAUCGGCGGGACCGUCACCGCUCCAAGAGCCGAGACAGCAGCAGUCGUGGAGACAAAUCGGUCACCAUCCAAACACCCGGAGAGCCGCUUCUCGAUGCAGAGUCGACCCGCGGAGAUGACAGGGAUGACAACUGGGGAGAGACCACCACUGUGGUCACUGGCACCUCAGAGCACAGCAUCUCGAACGAGGAUCUGACCCGCGUCACCAAAGAUUUGGAGGAGUCAACUCCACUGGAGUGCAAGCGUUUUGUGGGUCCGGCGUUGGGAGGCUGCCUGAGCUUCUUUGCUCUGGUCACGCCAUUAGCCUUCCUCAUCCUGCCGCAGGUCUUGUGGCGUGACGCCCUCGAGCCUUGCGGCACGCCCUGCGAGGGCCUCUACGUCUCCCUGGCCUUCAAGCUCUUGGUCCUGCUCAUCUCCUCCUGGGCUCUGUUCCUCCGCCCUCCCCGCGCCACCCUCCCACGCUUUUUUGUCUUCCGCUGCCUCCUGAUGGUGCUGGUGUUCCUGUUUGUGGCGUCGUACUGGUUGUUCUACGGCGUGCGUGUGUUGGAGCCCAGAGAACGGGACUAUAGGGGGAUUGUGGAGUAUGCUGCCUCGCUGGUGGAUGCUCUGCUCUUCAUCCAGUACCUGGCUCUGGUGCUGCUGGAAGUCCGACACCUUCAGCCAGCCUUCUGCCUUAAGGUGGUGCGGAGCACAGAUGGUGCCAGCAAGUUCUACAACGUGGGCCACCUCAGCAUCCAGCGGGCAGCUGUCUGGGUUUUGGACCGUUAUUACAGCGACUUCCCCGUCUAUAACCCAGCUCUCCUCAACCUGCCCAAGUCCAUCCUGUCCAAGAAGAUGACAGGCUUCAAAGUUUACUCUCUGGAUGAAAACACCACCAAUAACUCCACAGGCCAGUCCCGGGCCAUGAUAGCAGCUGCUGCUAGACGGAGAGACAACUCCCACAACGAGUAUUACUACGAGGAGGCUGAGAUGGACCGAAGGAUCCGCAAACGGAAGGCCAGGUUGGUGGUGGCGGUGGAAGAGGCCUUCACGCAUAUCAAGCGCCUCCAAGAGGAAGAGGCAACCUCAUCUCCCAAACACCCCAGAGAGGUAAUGGAUCCUCGAGAGGCAGCCCAAGCCAUCUUUGCCCCGAUGGCCCGGGCCAUGCAGAAGUACCUGAGAACCACACGGCAGCAGGCCUUCCACAGUAUGGAGAGCAUCCUCACACACCUUCAGUUCUGCAUCACGCACAACAUGACACCCAAGGCUUUCCUGGAGCGUUACCUCACCGCCGGCCCCACCAUGCAGUACCAGCAGCAGAACGGUAGGGGGCGCCAGUGGACUCUGGUGAGCGAGGAGCCGGUGACCUCAGCCCUGCGUCAGGGUUUGGUCUUCUCCCUGCGACGCCUGGACUUCUCCCUUGUUGUCACGGUGACGCCGCUCCCCUUCCUGCGGCUCGGGGAGGAGUUCAUCGACCCAAAGAGCCACAAGUUCGUCAUGAGGCUGCAGUCUGAGACCUCGGUGUAAAGGCGUCCAGUAAAACGUCUUCUUUUUCCUACACUUUCCUCUCCCCUCGUGCUAACUCCUCCUGGAUCACUGAUGCGGUGGGACAUGUGGAGGCCAUGUGGUCUAUUCUCGCCCAAUCAUUUCCUCUCUCAUCAACAAACAAACCAUUCAGAGAGGAACAUCUCUGCGGGCCUCAUCCUUCCUGUUUUGUGAUCAUCACAGAUGCUUUGUGUCAGACUGUGAUCAGCUCAACGAUUGUUCAAACCCUGGAAGUAAACAGAUGCCUUGACCUUUUCUUUUCUUGACAAUGUCUUUACGGCACACUGUAAAGUUCUUUCUUCCUCUAAACGGGGACUUUUCCUCCUUUUGCCUCUUCUUUUGCUGUAACCACUGGACUAGUUUACUGUGCUGACUCAACACGUAAACACCAGAGGAAGGGGAUUGCAUCACAUGUGUCACUUCCUCUUAUUUGUGUCUUAAAAUCAGUCCAACUGGAUUUCAGCUCUGACUGCAACGCUGAUGUACCACUGCCCUCUGGUCCCCUGUCAGUCGUUGUGUUUAACAUAAGCAGGACUGUUGUUGUUUUUUUACAUAUAUAUGUUAGAGGAGUGACUUUUUAACUUUCAGAAUGUAGCAUUUUGUGCAGUGAGUUAACAUGUUCUCUCUUGUGGCCUUGAAGGGCCAGUAUGUCCUUUUUUUAAAAAUUUAUGUGACUAUUAAGCAAAAUGGAAGUACAUUCCUAACUCACUGCAACUCCAAACUGUAUGUUCAUGAUUGUUUAAAUAUGCAGCUUUAGUUUAUUUAACACUGGUACUUUUACUAUUGAUGUCACAGUUUUAGCAGGACGUGUUACAGAAUAAAAAUGACAUUUUCACCUGGUAUUAACUGAGAUUCUGAACAUUACUUGCGUGAGGAUCUUAAAGUGUGAGCUUGACGAUGUUCUGAAUUUUUCGUACUGUCAACAAAUCCAGCAAAAAGACCAACAGUGCACUCGUCUCGAGUGUCAUUACUUGGAAUCUAUUCAUUGCUGCUACUUCCUAAGAACAACUCAUACAUGCAUUAUGCUGUUAUUAUUCUUUUUUAACUCAUGGAUACUAUGUUUUUGGAAAUGUUACUCAUGCCUAAGUAGUAAGUGGAUUUACUCAGUGCUAUUUAUAGCUGGUUACUUUUAGAUACAAUUGAGUAUUUUUGGCAGCAGGAUGGCGUGAGUGGAAAAAUAAAUUGCACAGCAAUGGAAAAACUGGAGCCAGUAACAGGCCGAUGCCACUCUUUACAGAGUAAAACAUUUCUAAUAUCACAUAAUGGCUCAUAUUUUCAGAAUAUUACUUAGAUUCUUUAGUAAGUUAUACUCACGCUUUAUGUUCUGUCUGCUAGUCAGUCUCUCCAAUGGACAAACUAAAAAUAUGUCUUGAUAUCAGCUCGUAUCAGAGCAACGUGUAUGCUGAUACUGAAAUAUGUGUCUUAGUGGAUAUUAACCUGAUGUAUUGGCUGUGCUUUAGAGAAAAAAAAAACACAUCACGUAGUACAUUGGUGUUCUGGGUGUAGUUUUUGAAUAGACCAGUAAAUUAUAUCAGGGUCUCAGUACCCAUACAAAGCAUGUUUUCUUUUUACUUUUUCUUUCUUUUUUUGGGGGGGGGGGGUUAAUAAUUGACUGGGGGUAUUUUUGGUCUUUUUAUGGCUUUUAUUUGACAAUAUGAAAAACAAGAGUAUUACCAGCCUCACUCUUUAAUGCAAAUGCAAUCUGUGCGUCCGAUAUGUUGAAAUGCUGGUAAAAUCUUUGCAUUUUAAGUGAUAAAAUCUGCAGCUUUUCUGUGACUGACUGGGGGGAAAAAGCAUACUCUGUGCUAAAUUCUAGUUAACUGUUUGUGCGACCAUGUUUUAAGAGUUUCCUUAACAGAUACUGACAGAGUUGCUGCAUUAUUGAAGGUAUAUUUAGAUUCUGCGGAAGAAGUUCCGCCUGCACACUAACUCUAAGCCACCCUAAUAAUCAGAUAACAGCAUUUUGAGUCACUGUGUGCAGGCGCUCAUCUGUCAUAAAACUUCAGUCCAUCGGAAAAUGCCCUGAUUAUUAAUAUUGGAAGCGAAAUAAUACGGUGUAUCGUUACAGUGUAAUACCAGGUGUAAAUGUAGUCAGUCUCACACUUCUUACACAAUUAAAUGAAUCCAGAUGUGGCAGCUGUAGUUUAACUAUGAGCUAGCUUAUUGUGGUUUAAUGUUUGUUUGUUUUUUCUUACAUGCAUAUCUACAAGAAUCCCAAACCAGACAUGUGAUUGUAACUCCUCUCUGCAGGUCCUCUGCAGCAGUAGCUUAUCACCGCCUCGCCUUGUGCCAC